GCGGCUUCCGGCUUCACAGGUCCUCCCCGCCGUUCCCUCUCAACCAUAAAGCUAAACCCUAUCUCUCUCUUUUCUCUCUCUUUGUGAUCGGGACUGCCAUUGAAGCUCUAAUACGAAAGCUUGAAGGAUUCAUUCAUUGGUUUCCUAAAUCUCUAUUUUGCUUCCUGAAUCUCUUUCGCUCUUCACGAUCGAUUUGCCAUCAUUGUCUGAUACAAAACUUCGACGAGUUUUGGAAUAUCUGCCCUUGAAGCUCUGUACGAAGCCUUGACGAAUACGAAGAGUUUUGAAGAGACUUCCAUCGAGAUGGCCUUGGAACAUAAUUUCGUUGAGACAAUGGCACAGUUUGAUGAUUGCAAUGAUGUUUCUCUCAAGCAGAAAUGGAAAAACAUCUCAGAUCUGACUCCAGCUGCUGAAAAUUCUGAUGGUUGCUUUGAUUGCAACAUUUGUUUAGACUCGGCACAUGAUCCGGUUGUCACCCUCUGUGGUCAUCUGUUCUGCUGGCCCUGCAUUUACAAGUGGCUCAAUGUGCAAACCUCCUCACCGGACAUAGAUCAUCAGCAGAAAUGCCCAGUCUGUAAGGCUGAUGUCUCUCCAACUUCAUUAGUUCCUCUAUAUGGGCGUGGCUUGCCAUCCUCCGAAUCCAAAAAGCCCGACCCGGGUGUACCUGUACCCCGUAGACCGGCAGCUUGUGGGUUGCAUACCUUGAUUACUACUACAUCAUCAUCCCCUACGAACACACACCGUCAGCAUCUCCACGAUCCUUUCCAUUCGCAAUCAUUUCACCACCAGCAGUACUUCCCUCAUCCUUACGGAAGUUACAACACAGCAUCAUCCAAUCUGGGGGGAGUGGCAUUGCCGAGCGUUUUUAGUCCAACAGUUGGGAUGUUCGGAGAGAUGGUCUAUGCCAGAAUAUUUGGGGGCUCAGACGCAAGUUUGUUUAGUUAUCCUCAUCAGAAUUCUUAUCCUCCAAUGGGAAGUAGUAGUCCUAGAAUGAGAAGACAAGAAAUACAGGUGGACAAGUCUCUCAAUAGAGUCUCAAUCUUUCUCUUCUGCUGUUUUGUUCUUUGUCUUCUCCUCUUUUGAAUAUAAUCUCUGCUUCUCCCCUGUAUAGUUGUACAAAUUAAGGAGUCAAGCUCAUAAAGAUUAUCUACAGAUCAGGCCGGAUAUUGCUAGUGUUUAAGAGAUUUUGCUGAGAACUAUCUCCUGUGAACAUUGUUGUUCUGAUAUGUAUCGGUGGUUUUUUAUCUUCCAAUAUUAGAGAAUUAUGAUUUACCUUCAA